AUGUCUGUGAACCAGGAACAGAACCAUGUUGCACGGAUCGACACGAAUGAGAUCCAAGGCCUUCUGAACGUCCUGGCUGAGUCAAUCGAGGCUACCCUCAACUACCACCUCAAUGAGAUCCUGCCACUUCGUGAGCAGGUUGAGAUGCUGGAGACUGACGGCCACCAAGCAUCAAAGGAGAAAACGAGGCCCAACGUGAACAAUGACGAGACCGUCAAGAUGUUGCUCCGGCAGCUCAAGACGUACCAGCGGUGUGCUGCCGCGUUCCAGUUGCUUCACGCUAGGCAGCAGCAGCUCGACCCCACUCAGUGCAGCCAAGUGGCCGAAGGAAGCCCUGUAAGGGGUUGUAUGAUGGGCUUUGAUGAGCUCUGCCGGUCGGCACAGCGUAUCGUAGCCAAGACCAACGCGCAGGUCAAGACCUUGCGUGAGAUGGUGACCACGCUGACCGAGGCGAGCAACGCUCAGGAGCAGGCAGAGCAGGACUGUGACCAACAGUCUGCAUAA